AUGUCUCAAAAGGGUCAGAAACAGCCUCCAAAACCUACACAAACAACUAAUGUACGACCACAGCAAACCAACGGCGCAGCAAGGCCUGCCCAGACCCCUGCACGUCCAGGCUCGUUUUCAGCAGCUGACUUGAACCGUAUUGUGUUGGAGUACUUAAACAAGAAGGGCUACCAUCGUACAGAGGCAAUGCUACGAACUGAGAGCUCACGGACCUUGACUCCACAGAAUCAGCAAUCUCCAGGAACUACUGCGACAGGAUCUUUCCCCCCACCUGGCCAGGUAGCUUCAACUCAAGGCGCAAGACCAGUCAGCAACCCAAUGAAUGUAAAGAGGGACAAUGACGGCAAUUUGAUAUCCCAACAAGCAAAUAACUCUCCCGAACACUACUUUCUUGCGUAUUCAAUGCUAAAGAAUUGGGUGGAUUCCUCUUUGGACAUGUACAAACCAGAACUGAUAAGGAUUAUUUAUCCGAUUUUCAUUUACGUCUUUCUCACUCUUGUUGGGAAAGAUUCCAUACAGGCCCGCCGCUUUUUUGAUAAAUUUUCUGUCGAUUACAAGGCUUUUCACGCUUCCGAGAUUAACAAAUUGUUUUCAGUCAACUCGGUAGAUCAUAUUAAAGAAAAUGAAUUGGCCCAAGGAUUUCAGUCAAACAAAUAUAGAGUAACAAUUUCUCGUACGACUCUCAACCUUCUUUUAUACUUUUUGAAUGAAAACGAGAGUGUUGGUGGAUCGUUACUGAUCAGCAUCAUUAAUCAAAACUUGAGCCCAAAUAUUGUUGAGACAAUCACAUCCCAAGAGACUUUGACAGAUGGUAUCAAGGAUGUGUCGGCAGGGGCAGUCGAUGUGGAUACACAUAAUUCAGUCCCUGUCAAACUUGGUCAAUUCCCUGUUGAUGAAGAGUUUUCGAAAGAGGUCGAAAUGGAACUGAAGAGAAAAGAUGACCAGGAACAGGCUCAAGGAGAAGCUGCGCCUAAGAAAACUCUUAUUGAGGAAUACAGAGAGAUGAAUAAAUAUGUUACCGAUGAAAAAGCUACUUCAGAAGAUGACAAGAAGGAAUCUACCACAACAGCAGCUGAAUCCGAAAAAAAGGAGGAUCGUAAGGCAGAGUCUAUAAUGGAAUCACCAUCCCGGGAUACACUACCUCUUCCAUCAAAGACAGCUCUCGAUUUGAAACUUGAAAUACAAAAAGUUCGCGAAUCUCGUGACGCGAUCAGGCUGGAUAACCUUCAAUCUGCUGCCCCAAGUGUGUGCAUGUACACUUUCCACAACACAAAUGGUGACAUGACCUCUUUGGAAUUCAGUGAUGAUGUGAGGCUUGCUUCUGCCGGUUUUCAGGAUAGUGUGAUCAAGAUAUGGUCAUUGGACGGCACUGUUCUAGACAAUAAACUUCCCUCUAGAGCAAUGGACAAGUCAACAUGCGAGACUUUAGUGGGCCAUAGUGGUACUGUUUAUUCGACAUCAUUCAGUCCCGACAACAGAUAUUUGAUAUCCGGUUCAGAAGAUAAAACGGUAAAACUAUGGUCAACCGACACAUUCACCCCGCUCGUAAGCUACAAAGGGCACAAUCACCCAGUGUGGGAUGUAUGCUUUUCUCCACUGGGCCACUACUUCGCAAGUGCGUCCCAUGACCAGACGGCCAGGCUUUGGUCUUGCGAUCACAUAUAUCCUUUGAGAAUAUUUGCAGGUCACUUGAAUGACGUCGACACAGUAUCGUUUCAUCCUAAUGGUACCUAUGUUUUCACAGGGUCAAGUGAUAAGACUUGUCGCAUGUGGGACAUCAGCACAGGUGAUUCUGUUCGCCUGUUUUUGGGUCAUACAGCACCUGUUACAUCGACAGCUGUAUCGCCUGACGGAAGAUGGCUUUCAACUGGUAGCGAAGACGGGCUGAUCAAUGUGUGGGAUAUAGGUACAGGGAAGCGGUUGAAGCAGAUGAGGGGACAUGGUAAAAACGCGGUGUACACCCUUUCUUAUAGUAAAGAGGGCAAUGUUCUACUAUCCGGUGGUGCUGACCAUUCCGUGCGAGUGUGGGAUCUCAAAAAAUCCACAGCAGAGCCAAGUGCAGAACCUGAACAACCUUUUGUUAGCUACUCUGGUGAUGUGACAACAUCCGUAAAUCAAGAUAUUAAGGAAUAUGGUCGUAGAAGGACAGUCGUGCCGACGACAGAUUUGAUGGCGUCUUUCUAUACUAAGAAGACUCCAGUAUUCAAAGUAAAGUUUACUAGAAGCAACCUGGUCAUUGCUGGUGGUGCAUUUAGAGAAUAA